AUAGGAGGGAAUCUGAAACAAUGUCCCAAAGCAGUAGGGAGGCAAGUAUAAUUUUAGAAAUUUAAGAGGAAGUUUUUAUAAUUGUCAUAAAUUUAAGAGGAAGUUAGUAUAAUUUAUCCAAUAAUUUUACAUAUAGGUAUCUGUAAAUAUACAUAUAAAUAAUUUAACUAAUUUUGCUAAAAUAUUGUUUAAAAAAACUUUUCUUCUAUUUGGUAUAUGCACGAGUCAAUUGGUAAUAUUUCAAUAUUAUUGCAGAUAUGGUGCUUAUUCAAGAAAUGCAUUAAUCUGAGAUUUUGGAUAGCCCUAAUUGACUAAUGAUUCCAAGUAGUCAAUUCUCCACCGCCUCCCUUGUUCUGCUCUGUUAUGCCUUGUUUAUUUUUCUUCACUUCAAUUCUUAGUUGUUGCUUAUGUUAGAGUAUAUCAGUAAAUUAGGAAAUUCCUCUAUUUCCCUAAAAUUAAAAAAAUAAAAAUCACACAUGACACGAGAGUCACAUGGGCAAUCAUUUCUGUAGUUGGAAGUGGAUUUAAUUUUGAGAAUAGUUUGUGCAAAUAUUUAAGGCCUUGUUUGUUUUUUUACGGGAUAUAAGUGGUAUAUAUAGAGUGUGAAGGACAUUAUAUGAGGUGGGUUUCAUAAUUUUUAUUUAUUUAUUUAUUGUCUUUUUAUAUUUUGCGUUUGGUUAGGCUGGACGUAGACAAUCCAUAGAUCAUCUCCCUCAACAGAGAGGAAUAUGCAAUACUAGUCCAAUGAUAUAGAUUUAGCUUUCAUCCAACAAUCGAAAAUAAGUUUUCCCUUUUUAUUCUAUGCUAUAUCAUAUCCUAACCAAUUAUAAUAAAAAUAAUCCCAUAAUACAUAUAUGUAAUCCCAUUUUAUAUUUUACAUGGUGAUUGUUGCUAUGAAGUGGGGUAUUGGCUGACUCAGGGCUGUGGAGCAUUGGGAUGUUGUUCAGGUCUGGUGUUUUCCUUAUGGGUGAUUCUGCAGGUGAAUUUUGUGGUAUGUACUGUGGGUUUGAAUUGGGGGUUAAGUUUAUGGGGGUCUUCUUUUGUUUUUUAUUUUCUUGCUGGCCAUGGUUUCUCGUCAUCCCAUUGUGGUUGAGCUUGCAGAUCAUUGAGCUUUCUUCUCGGUGCUAACCUAGUUGGGAUUGGGUUUGUUAGCUAUGAUGCACUUCUGCUCGUUCACCUCUUUAUUGAUGUUCAUCUCAUAUGUAAAUCAAUGAAGAUAAAUUAUAUUAGAUCAUGAAAAAAGAUACACAAAGCUUAGAAAGAAAUUGCAUCAUUGUCAAAGCAAAGCAUCCCAAUACUAGGUUGGCAUACUAACAGGUAAAAGGAAGAGAAGGCUGUUUUCAACGGAGGAGGUCUUUAAUAAUAAUAAUAGUACAAUGAAGACCAGUAAUAGAGAGGUAAAUGUGGAAAUCAUGGAAAUCGAUUAUGGAGAAGGGCCAAGUGAAAGUGAAACGAUCAAUAAGGUAGAAGAGUUGUUCACACCUCGAAUACCGAGAGUUCCGCCGUUGAUGAGAAACCAUGAAAAUAGCAAGGGAAUGUUUGAUCCAAAGGUGGUUUCUAUAGGUCCAUACCACCAUGGCAAAGAGGAUCUCCAGCUUGUAGAGAACGUCAAGCCUAUGUUAGCAACUCUAUUUCUACAAGACGGCGACAAGAACAUGGAUGAGGUCUACAGCAUGAUUCUUGGAAAUAUUGAUGAUGCUAGAGGCUACUAUGUUAAACAUUCAACCCAUGAAUACAGUCCUGAGGAAUUUGCAACAAUGAUGCUCUUUGAUGGUUGUUUCAUUCUAGCUAUAAUUGAGGACUUCUUCCUCUGUGCUGCCAAUCAAAAAUCAAAAUAUGAUGAUGUUAAAAAUCAUCUAGGCGUUUUAAUUUGGUAUUCAGCACUUGAUGAUAUAUUUUACUUGCUUGAGAAUCAACUCCCAUUUCAAGUUCUUCAGUUGAUAAUGAGCUUAAAAUUCAAAGAUGAUGAAGGGAUGAAAUCCAUCAACGCGCUCUUGAAUAGUAUGAUUUCUUCGGAGACUAGACAUAUUCCGGAUAAGGAUAAAGUUAUUGUCAGUGAAACUGAAAGGAAAUCGUUUCAUCUCCUUCAAUUAGCACGGACAAAGUAUCUCAUUCUCAACCAAUCCCUUUACAAAUCUCAAGUGAGCACAAAGAAGGAGAAAGACAAACAUUCCAAACCUAAGAGUAAUGUGAUGGAAUAUUUUCUCUCAUUUGGUUCGGCUACUGAGCUCAAAGCAAAAGGGAUACACUUUAGGCCUAACCGCUUAUCUCUUGAGGGUAUUGAGUUCAAAUCUUGGUGCUUCUUUGGACGUCUCGAACUUCAUCCUUUCCUUGUUGAUCCACCUUACAAACUAUUUAUGUCAAAUAUGAUUGCUUAUGAAAUGGUAUCAUGCACUCGUACUGAGGACCUUGUCAUUACGUCUUACAUUCAUUUCAUGCAAUUACUGAUUGACAACCAGGACGAUGUGAAAGAGUUGCGGUCAAAGCAUAUACUAUUCAAUGCGCUUGGCAGUGAUCAAGAGGUGGUUAAUGUUUUCAAAGAGAUCCCCAUUUUUGGAACUAAUGUCAUAUUAUAUGAUGAUAUCAAGCAGAGGAUUCAGUUUCACUAUAACAGCACUUGCAAGACUUGGAUGGCCGAAUUUAUUAACAAAUAUUUUAGCAGACCAUGGACAGCCAUUGGUUUCGCUUCUGCAACUUGUCUCCUUGUUUUGGCUUUUCUCCAGACUUACUACACUAUCGUCUCCUCAACAAACCACAAAUAAAAUAAGACCAUUUGUUUUCCUUAGUGCUAUUUGCUUUCAUGUCUCCAGGUUAGUUGGGUCUCUUCUAUUUGUUCUCUAGGUAUCAACAUUUGUCUACACACACCCCUCUCUCUC